UUCAAGUGUACGGGUACCACCCGUAUGAAUGGAAGGGGUAAAUCAUCAAGGACAAGGAGACACGAUGCUAAGAAGAGUGAGAGGGAAGUUAUAGGAAAGUGAAGUGGUGGGAGGAAAACUAUAGAGAAACGAGAGAGAAAAAGAGAGGGAGAGACAGACAGAGAGAGAUAGAGAGAUCGAUAGGCUAAACAUACGUGCCGUCAACGAGGUCCGCCAGUUUAAAACAAGACGUUCGAGGAGAUCUUGCGUUUCUCGUGAUCAUCGAAACUACGUUCUUACCUACGUUGUUUACUAUUCAACUAUUGCAACAUAGUAACAUAUUGUUGUAACUCCAAUCAAAAAAACAUCAUCGUUAUUCGAAAAUAUCAAAUACGAUAUAAAUAUAAAAGAAAAUAUACAUAGAAAAUAAUUAUUGUACGAAUUGAAAAAUCUCACAAAACUGUCUUGGCUGGUCUAAUAGACAAAACAAAAGGAUAGAAGAUAUAUUUUUAAAAGAAGAAUAAAAGAGAGAGAGAGAGAGAGAGAAUAAAAGAAGUUGUUAACUUCGUAACGAUAUCCUUGAGUUAAUAUCAGUAAGAAAUAUGUCAUUGAGUUUACUAUGCUAAUUAUUACGAGCUAAUUGUAAUAAUAGAAUAGAGAAAGAGAGAGAACGAAACUCCGAUGUUUGCGAAACUCGGCUUUUAAAAAAUAAAAAAAGAAUAGAAUAGAAUUGUACAUGAUGAACUAACUUCUACUUUGAAGAUUUUCAAAAGAAAACUCAAACAAAAACAGAAAAAAAAGACUAGCAACAAAUAUAUAAAUUUUCCGUAGAAAUAAUAACAAUGGAUCUCGUCUAUAUUCCUGAAGUAUUAACCUACGGAUCGUUUAGAAGCCCAUUAUAUCAAGAUUACGAGCAACCUUGGAACAAGAAUUAUUUUGGUCAUGAACAAUCAUCGAAAAGUCAACGUCUCCAACAAAAACCAUCACAGGAAUAUUAUCAACAAAGAAAACAGAUUACGAAAAACUGUCAUUUGUGUCGUGAAAACAAACGACGAAGUCUCGCUCUUUAUAUAAGGGAAAAAUCACGAAGAAGUUCUUGUCAAGAAAUUCAUGAAGAAAUUGAAGAAAUCGAGGAAGAGGAAAAUAAAACGAUAACGAAUGAAAAAAAAGAAUUAACUGAUAAAACCCAUGACAGUAAUGUAUCGUUCACUGGAAACGAUCAGAGGUUAUACGAAACGAAAGAAAAGCUUGCAAAUAAAUGCAUAACACAAGAGUGAAACUCCUUAAGGUAUUUGUGCCGUCCAUUAUGUUCGUAUUAAGAUUUUUUCUUCGCAAAAAAAAGAAGAAAGAAAGAGAAAGAAAGUUAAUCAUAUAUGUAGAUAAAAAAAAGCGUAUUAUUUUUUCAUUUGCAAACUUUUGUCUCUUUAUCUUAUCGUAAAUUUAAAAUAUAAGAUUACAUAACCUUGUCAUUUUCACAUUAUCUUACUCUUGCAUUGUCAACUAGCUUAUUCAGCUAUACACAUACAUACGCGCAUACAUACACACAUUCAUUCAUAUAAAUUAGUUAUAUCAGUUAACAUGAUCAUGUUAAUAUUCUAUACAAAUAUAGAAGCAAUCAUUUUGUGCCAAGUUUAACUUUUUUGUUAUCAUUAAAGUAUUCGAAACGAAACUUCAAAUUUCUCCUAACUAUAAUAUUUGAUGUAGAAUACUAUACAAGACUGAAUGAGUAAUGAUCAGUACAAAUAUGUAAAGUUUCGUCCCUUUUUCGAUGAAUCAUAACAAUUACAAUCAUCUGAUUACUAUUCUCGACAAUAAUAACGAAUUUAAAAUAACUAAUAAUUUUUCUACAAUUAUAUAUAUUAUAGUAUCUUGUGGCCAUUUUGAAAUAUUCCAUUAAACUUCUAUUUGUAAGGAAAUUAGGAAAAAUAUCCAAAUUUUUUAUGUAUUCCCCCAAAAGUUUUAUAUAAAUAUUUGUAGUUCACAUUUUGUGAAAGAAGAAAGAAAAAUAUCUAAUUUUUCGCAUUUAACAUCGUUAUUAUUAUAUAAAAAAUAAAUUUUUUAAUGAUGUAAUUAUAUAAAACUCAUAAUACACAAUAUGCAUGUUGUAUUUGCGAUUUAAUGAAUUAUAUAUAUAUAUAUUUCUAUAUAUAUAUUGUAAUAAAUAUAUAUAAAUAAAUAAUAAAUAUUAAACAUGUUAUUCAAACAUUUAAGGUUAUUUCAUUUGUAUAUUGAUUGUUAUAAAUUCUGAAAAUUUUUUUUAUAAAUUUUGAGUUUAAGGUUAUAUUUAUACACAAAGCAUAGCUCAAGGACGAACGUAUCGUAUGACACGUGUUUCCAUUUACAGUUCUUUCGAUAUUCAAUAUAAUAUUCGAAUGAAGCACAAUAUGAUUAUUAUGAUGGUUUUCAGACUUUCUGAUAAUAUUGGGAUAUUAUCGAUAUAAUGAUGUUUAUCAUUAAAAAUAUUGAAAUAUAAUCUAUCUAUAUUUUUAUAGACAAUGGCAUAUAUACCCAGGCAAAGAUAAAAAAUAAUUUUGUUUCUUAUCAUAUCGAUUUGAAAAACAUUUCUAUAUAUAUGUGUAUGUAUAUGUAUAUGCAUAUGCAUGAUGAUAGUGGACCAUCUGUGGACCCAUUAAGGCAAGGCAACAAACGAGAAAGUACGUAAAAGAUUCGAACGAACUUACGUGAGUCCGCUCACGUACCCAUCAUUCGUCUUAUUGUCAGUCGAUGUUGACUAACGCUAAACUGACGUCCACGAUGUGUUGUUAAUAUCGUCAGCUUAGUAGAUACGUUCUUAAGAAAUAUAUGAUAAAGUCGAUGAAGUAAAUGAAA